AUGCCAGCUACCAACGAUGGGUGGCCUGAGGAAUUUGGGUUCAAGAUCAGUGGGAAUGGCCCUUGCUACAUCUUGGCUGUGGAAGAAGGCAGCAGCGCCCAGCUGGCCGGCCUCCAGCUGGGAGACCAGAUCCUGGAGAUUGAAGGCCAGCACGUCUCCUCCAUGAACGCUGAGGCACUGGUUGCCCUGGCGAGGCAGUGCGAGAACGUGCCCCCCAGCAUUGGGGUGGUCUCACGCAUCCAGCAGGUAGAACUCAAGCCAGGCCAAGGGGGGUGCUUUGGCUUCACUCUGUGCGAGGGAGGAUGUCCCUUGCAAGUGGGGAGCGUGGAUCCUGCCUCACCAGCCUCCGAAUGCGGGGUCAAAGCUGGAGACUACAUCCUGGAGAUCAACGGGACUCCAGUUAAGCUCUAUGAAGAGGCGGACGUCAUGAUCCAGGCGUGCCAAGGAAAGGGCCUCAGGUUGGGGCUCCUGCGCCUCGGGCGGCAGCAGAGGUGGGCCAGCAGCAGCGUGCGGGAGUUUGUCCAAAGUGCUGACGCCAUCCAUCAAGAGCGGAGGCAGAAGGCACAGGAAUUCAGCAAGAAGGUGCAAGAGAUCCUGGGUGACCAACCAGAGGUGAAAGAGAAGAUGUUCACCAUCUUAAAACAAUAUGCAGCUGAGAGGAAGGUUGAUUACUUAGCUUACGCCCUCCCCAUGAUCCUCACCAAGGACUCGCACCAUCUCCUUAUAGACAAUAUCAGGAUCUUCAUCCCCAGGAAACACCGGCAGCGCUUCGACGAGGUGGUCUCCCAGAGCCUCAUCAGCAAACUGUGCCACGCCAAGAGCAAGCACUCCGCCAGUCGGCUGAGGCGCAGCCGCAGCGAGGACCACCACGAGCGCCUCCUGGUCUCCACGCGGGCCAGCUCAGUGCCGAGGAGCCACGAGGAGAACGGCAAAAGCUUGAGGAAGGCGACUUCCCUCAUUGCCAGCAAUGUGGGCUCAGGGGCUGCUCGCAGAACUGUUCGUGUCUACAAAGGCAGCAGGAGCUUUGGGUUUACGUUACGUGGACAUGCCCCCGUGUGGAUAGAGUCCGUCUUGCCUGGGAGUCCAGCUGACAAAGCAUCCUUGAGAGCUGGGGACAGGAUCUUGUUCCUAAACGGCCUGGACAUGAGGAACUGCUCCCAUGAGAAGGUUGUGUCCAUGCUCCAGGGCAGCGGGGCAAUGCCCACCCUGGUGGUUGAAGAAGGCAUUGUGAGCUUUUCCAGUGACGGCGAGUCAUCGGAGAGCCCCAACUCCUCCUCGGCACUCACCUCCUUGCAGUGGGUUGCUGAGAUCCUGCCCUCCAGCAUCAAGAUCCAAGGGAGGACCUUCCACCAGCAGCUGGAACAUCUGCUUACACCACCAGAGCGCUACACAAUCUGCAAAGCACUGGAGAGUUUCUUCCAGCACAGGAACAUAGACACCCUCAUAGUGGACGUCUACCCAGUCCUGGACACCCCCUCCAAGCAGGUCAUCUGGCAGUUCAUCUACCAGCUGCUGACAUACGAGGAGCAGGAGCACUGUCAGCAGAAGAUCACCAGGUUCCUUGGCUACAAAUCAGUGGCAGCAGUUGAGACAGAGGCAAAGGAUCGGCAUCGCAGCUCCAUGCGGGGGGCCUCAGCAUGCCGGGAAAGUGUCCCCACCCACAGUCCUGAGGGCAGUGGAGCUGCAGGUCCCAGCGAAGCCUCCGAGGUGCCAGUCCGCUUGGCUGCAGGGGAGAGGCAAGCGGGGGAUGGGACUUCCCUUCCAGAGACGCCCAACCCCAAAAUGAUGUCUGCUGUCUAUGCAGAACUGGAAACCAGGCUGACCACUGGCUUUGGAGGGAAGCUGGGCAACUUAGCCAUGCACAGGACAUCACCUCCCAUCCCAGAGCAAGGAAACCCAGCAGGUGAAAAUAUACUCCCCACCCCCCUCGCCUUGCUCUCCAUCUCCUGGCAGAACAACCACCCUCCAACCGACCAGCCGUGCUACUACCACUCGCACGGUGGGAUCCCCUCCCCCUGCAGCACCGAAUCCAACCCCUACGUCAGCCUGGACUGCAGCCCCGCACCGUCCCCGAAGCACGCAGGCUACGCCCUCAGCCCGCUCUCCCGGAGGAAGAAGCUCUUCACCUUCUCCCGCCCGCCACGCAGCCGGGAUACGGACCGCUUUCUGGACGCUCUGAGUGAGCAGCUGGGGCACCGGAUCACCAUCGUGGAUGACUUCCUCACGCCCGAGAAUGACUACGAGGAGAUGAGUUUCCACGACGACCAGGGCAGCUACGUCACCAAUGACAUGAGCAGCGCCAGCGAGUACCUGAGCAGCAGCGAAGGCAGCUCCUUGACCUACUCCACCUUGUCCGAUCACAUCCCUCCGCCCCCCAUCAGCCCACCCCCACUCCCGCCUCCGCUGCACUUCCACGAGCCCAAAGAGGAGCACCGGAGCACGGAGGCUGUGAAGAAGACUCCCUCCCCCUCCUUUUCCUCCUCUUCCACCCCCCACCCCAAGCCCCCAGACAGCCACUCUCAGCAAGCCCCUCUACCCCCUCCCCCUCCCCUGCCCCCUCCGGUCCCCUGUGUUCUUCCUCCAGUGACUCAGAGCAUCAUUCAGCGCAGGAACGAGUCCAAGCACAUGAGCGUCAAGCGACUGCGCUGGGAGCAGGUGGAGAAUUCUGAAGGCACCAUCUGGGGACAGCUCGGGGAGGACUCGGACUACGACAAACUGAGCGACAUGGUCAAAUACCUCAACCUGGAGUUGCAUUUUGGAACCCAGAAGCCAGCGAAGCCGAGCCCCCUGCCAGAGUCCUUGAAAAAGAAAGAUGUGGUUGAGAUUCUGUCACACAAAAAGGCCUAUAACACAUCCAUCUUAAUUGCCCACCUCAAGCUCUCCCACAUCGAGCUGCGCCAAAUCCUCUUGACCAUGGAGAGCGACCGACUGGAGGCUUCUCACAUCAAGCAGCUGCUGCUCUAUGCGCCUGAUGCAGAGGAAGUGGAGCAGUACCACAAUUACCAGGGCAGCCUCAGCAAACUCAGUGAGCCGGACCAGUUUGUGCUGCAGAUGCUUUUGGUACCCGACUACAAAACCCGUCUGCGCAGCCUCCACUUCAAGACCACCCUGCCGGAGAAGAUGGAGGAGCUCACAGCCAGCUAUGAGUGCAUCUACAACGCCUCCCUGGAGCUGAAGAACAGCAAGAAGCUGGCCAAGAUCUUAGAGUUUGUGCUGGCCAUGGGCAACUACCUGAAUCAUGGGCAACCGAAGACCAACAAAACGACUGGCUUUAAGAUCAACUUCCUCACUGAGCUGAAUACCACCAAGACUGUCGAUGGAAAAUCUACCUUCCUGCACAUUCUUGCCAAAUCCCUUAGCCAACAUUUCCCAGAACUCCUGGGAUUUGCCAAGGACCUGCCCACCGUGCCACAUGCUGCCAAAGUGAACCAGAGAACAAUAAUGGCUGACCUCCAUGACCUCCACACCACCAUAGCUGAGAUUGAGGUUGCCUGCCAGAACAUGGGGGGUUCCCCGGAGGACAGGUUUGCGACAGUGAUGGAUGCCUUCCUGGAAAGUGCUCACCCCACCAUCCAAUCCCUGAGUGACCUCCAACACAAAGCCAUGGAUGAGUUUGGCAAAGUUUUGUCUUUCUUUGGGGAGGACUCCAAAGUCACAACCUCUGAAGCAUUCUUUGGCAUUUUCGCCGAAUUCAUGAGCAAGUUUGAGCGCGCCUUCAGCGACGUGCAGGCUGGCGGUGAGCCCCAGCGCAGCCCCAGGAUGACCCCGCCUCUUGCCUGGUGAUGCAACAGCCUGUUGCCAAGAGAAGAUGAGGGGGAUGCAUCUCUGCUUGGCUUGGGAACUGCUGGAGAGAGAGAAAACGAGGGACCAUCACUCUGUGCUCUUCCUGGUGCUGGAGAAAACAUCUCUGUGGCACCCCAUUGUGGACCUGGAUGCAAGAGGGCAGGAAAUAGGAGUUGCAUCAGCGGCCAUGCUG